AAGCUGCGAUCAGUAACGCGCACCGAAUUCAACAAUACCACUCCUACCAGUCUGAAACAGGUAGCUCCGGUCCGGUACUCUUCACGAGGAGGAGAAAGAAAGCAAUCAAUGCCAUUGCCGCCGCAUACUCGUAGCAGUCCAGGCCCAGGAGUACACAGCCAGCAAUCGGGCUUCCAAAUUGAUGGCUCCUUCCGGCCGGUUCCCUGCGCUUGUGAGAAAGGGGAUGAAGCGCCCGGCCGUCCUGGUGGUCGUGCUCCUGGCGGCCUGCACCGCGGCCGCGGCCGCGGCCGCGGCGAUAAUCAUCUCGCGGAAGCACCAGCACCGGGCGUCGGCGGCCCGCUCCUGCGACGUGUUCGCCGCGGGGAGCUGGGUGGUGGACGACUCGUACCCGCUCUACGACUCGGCGCUCUGCCCCUUCAUCCACGACGAGUUCAACUGCCGCAAGUUCGGCCGCCCCGACAAGAAUUACCUCAAGAACCGGUGGCAGCCCGACCCGCCGUGCACCCUGCCCAGGUUCGACGGGCUGGCGCUGCUGAGGAUGUGGAGCGGGAAGAAGGUGAUGUUCGUGGGCGACUCGCUAGCGCUGAACCAGUAUGAGUCGAUGCUCUGCAUGCUCCACGCCGCCGCGCCCAACGCCCGGACCACCGUCUCGCCGGCGUCCGGGAGGAUCGAUCCCUCCACCACCGCCCGGUUCGAGGAGUAUAAUGUCACGCUGGUGUACUACGUGACGCACUAUCUGGUCGACCUCGUCAACGACAAGGCCGGCCGCAUCCUCAAGCUCGACGUCAUCGACCAAGGCCGCAACUGGCUCGACGCCGACGUGCUCGUCUUCGACUCCUGGCACUGGUGGCCGCGAACAGGCCCGACGCAGCCCUGGGACUACAUCCAGGAGGGCAACACGUUGAUGAAGGACAUGGACCGGACGCAGGCCUUCACCAAGGCGCUGCACACCUGGGCUAGGUGGGUCGAUGCCAACCUCGUUCGGACCAGCACCAAAGUCUUCUUCCAGGGUAUCUCGCCCUCUCACUAUAAGGGCCAGGACUGGGGCGCGUCGGCGAAGACGACGUGCAUGGGGCAGACGCAGCCGCUGAACGGCACGGCGGCGUACCCUGGCGGGCCAAUCCCGCAGCAGGCGAUCCUGAGGCGCGUCCUGGCGGGGAUGGCGAAGCCGGUGUACCUGCUGGACUUCACCUACCUGUCGCAGCUGAGGAAGGACGCGCACCCCACCAAGUACAACGGCGGCAUCUUCGGCGAGGACUGCACGCACUGGUGCGUCGCCGGACUCCCGGACACCUGGAACGUCCUCUUCUACGCCGCCCUCACCGGCCAGGACUGAUCAUAUCAUUAAGCUAGAGUGUAGUUCAAUAAUUGAAGGAAAAUAUAGCAGAUUGAUUUAAUUAUAGGGGCCAAAGGGUUUUUCAACACAAAGGGAUAGAAGAACAUCAAAGGAAAAUUUCCUGUCUCUUUCUCCGAAAUGGGGAUGAGGGCGUGAUGGAGUGUGAUUUAUACAAAGAAAACCAUUCUUUUGGCAAUUUAUUGUUUUUAUGGAAGAGAACAAAAUACACAAGACCUAGAUAAGUCUCUUUUACAGGAUUCGGGUGGAAGUAAUAGAGGAACCAUGCUGUUUCCAGUAAAUUCUCGAGGUUCUUUAGGAACCAUGCUUGGUUCAUAUACUAUAACUAGAAGGCACUAGAAAAUAGUGUGCCGUAUGACCCGUCACCAAUUAUGUGCAUUGUUUGAUAAAGAUACUU